GGAAAAGAAAAGAGUAGAGAAAUAGUAUCUACCUGAGCGGCCCAGGAAAUGUGCGACGGGGCACAGGAAAGGGUCCAGCAAUCACAGCGAGUGAAGAUGACAAGUGCGUCCACAGGCACUAUAUAUGUUUAUCCAUUAUAAAAGGGGAGGAGCGGAUGACCAUUUACCGGUCGUUAACAUGUACCCAUAAAUAUGGUGCUAAGCCAACAAUGCACUGGGGCAAGAAAGGACAAGGCCCAGUACAGAGCCCAUGAAGUGACAGUAAAGCUCGUACCGGUAUUGUAAAUAGCCAGAAUAUGAGUUGUCUUUGCUUUCGUUUGAAGGCCGGAGGGCACCUGUUUACCGGUACCACGUUAAAGCCCGUCCCGUGCCGGGCUCACCGGCGCAUAACUUUCCGGUAUCAGAGGUGUGAUGCCAAACGUCAGGUCCAGAAGAGCGUACUCGUAUAACAGUGUCUAGCGCCACUAAGACGCCGGUUUCUUCAUUUUGGACACUUUCAGAGCCGAAAAAGGCUCAAAGAGGAAGAAUCCUUUUUGUAAUGUUCUCGAAGAGGUUCACCCUUUGAACUAACGGGCUAAGAAGGACAUGAUUGUGGAGUCGCUGGCAUCUUGUUCCCUGAAUUCAUGGGGACCUAAGCAGCGGAGCAAGUUGUCGUAAUACCAUACCGAAAGGUCCAAAUCAUGGGGUUAGAGGUGGCAGGUGGAUACAAUGUGAUAUACUAUGCAGCGGUGUAUUUCAAGUACCGUUAUCCACCGUAGCGGGCCCAGUUACUCGUUACUCGUACUGUAGCUGGGUUCGCCUCCAAAUUCAUUGCUUGAUGAAAGCUUAUCACUUGGGAUCUAAUCUGAUAAUAGGGACCCCAGGCGACUGGCUUUCUUAGCGUUGUCAACACUCUUCCCCUCGUCUCCCUGCCUAAGUCAAGUCGCUCCAAACACCGGUUUCAAACAUGAACCUUCUCCUUAUUCGUCACGGCGAGACGGUUGAUAAUGUCGCUCAUCGAUUUGCAGGAGUGACCGACUCGGCCCUGACACCCAAUGGCCUACUUCAAGCAGCCAGGCUGGGGGAUUAUCUCACCAGCAAGCGCGGGGAAAACUUCACUCUAACACACAUAUACUCAUCAGACCUCCAACGGGCUGCCAAAACCGCCGGAGCAAUUCUGGAAGCUCAGUCCGCUGCCAUCACCAACGGUGAAAAAUCCCUAGUUGCGCUCAGCGGGGGGGGCGAAGGUAACGGCGAUAAUGCCUCAUUGAAGCCAGCAGGAGGUGUCCUGCAGCUGCCGGAUCUUCGGGAAAUGAACUUUGGCUCGCAGGAGGGCACCCCAUACAGACAGGCUUAUCCUCCACUACCUGAUUUCGGGAAUGAUAGGGAGACGACCGAGGCCAUGGUCGCCCGGGCUAACCGGUUCUUGAGCCAACAUCUUCUUCCUGCGCUCGUGACGGUGCAUAUGGCACCUGACGCAUCGCUCGUGAAUGUGGCCGUUGCUGUUGUUUCUCACGGUAUAUUUCUUCAGGUUUUGCGCAAGCAGCUUAUGAAGCAUCUACGGUACCUGCCAGAUUCGAGAAAGGUUAGGUGGAGCAACACAGGGUAUUUUCACCUCAAAUUUGACCCCCGGACAAAGUGGACGGAUAGCCGUGGAUUAGAGCUAUGGCCAUAUUCAAUUCAAGGUAUCGAUGUUACUGCCCACCUGGCUGGCACUAAAAAGACUUCUGCCGAUGGGACGCAAAGAAAGAUUGAUGGGUUUUUCAAACCUGGAGAAGGCUCCGCACUCUAGAAGUGAUGUACGAGUG